AUGGGCUGCACUCCUUCACAUAGAGUUACUGCUAAUCCAACUGGAGAAUGGGGAAGCAUACCCUUGAAUAAGGGUAUCCUGCCGGUUGAUCCAGUGAGUGAGGGCACCUCCGUUCAAUUGCUGAUCAAGGGCUCCUCUUCUUGUGAUAUCGAUAAUUUGUGUCAUGGAGUGACUCAGGGUAAAGAUCAUUUCCUCAAAAGCACAUCAGAUGAGGACCAAAAUUUUAAUUCCCAUUCUUCGUCUGAGGAUCCUUCAUUCCCUGAAUUUGAACAGGAAGAGAAGGACGUGGACCGGUUGGUCUCAGAGACUGAGAUAGCUGUGUCUGAACUGACUGAGUCUUGCCGAUAUGGGGCUGAAACUAAGAAGAUAAAAAAGCAAAAUUCUUGCAAAUCACCAAAAACUGUUCUGGAAUACAAAAAUGAAAAGCAAAAUCCAAAGAGGGGAAAGAAACAAAAGAACAGCAGGCAAGGAAAACAAGAUCGUCAUUGCAAAACCAAAGACAAAUCCUGUGCAACUAGAUGUGAAGAGGAAAAGGUGGAUUUCCCAGAUCUGCUUGUUAAGGCCCAUCAGAACACAUAUGCCUACCUAAACCCCAACCUCUCCAAAUAUGAGGUUAUCUUGUGCAUAGCCCACCAGGCUACCGAAACACAAUUAAUUUUACAGCAGAUGGUAAGCUUUUUAUCACUUCGUUUUGAUGAAAUCAACCACCAUCUGGAGGAAAUUACCAAAGACGGAGAAGAUCUUCUCAAAGAAGUAGGUGGGAACCUGUCUUGGCCUGCUGACAAAGGAAACCCAAAAAAGCAACCAGAUCUUUUGCAACAGUUAUUGCAGUACACAGUCAACAAAAUGCAACUGUUAAAUGGAACUGUGGCCUCUUUAACCUCUGACGUCCUUCAGGAGUCCUGCAGCUUUUUGCAGUCUGCAGGUAGCAGCUUAGAGGAAAAACUGAAGGCAAAACAAGGUUUUGAUGAACGUUUGCUCAGAACAAUUAACCUCCUUGAAGCAUCUAUAGUUGGGUCUUCUCCUUACCCUGAUGAUAGGACUCUCUAUUCUGAAGACAGUGGAAUUGGUGUUGACAGUGAAUCAGUCAAAGACCUGAACGUUCUUGAUAAACAAGGAGUACAUGCAAGUUGUGAUUCUUGUUCAUGUCAUCAAUCUCUAAAUGAGACCACUGGGAAGAGAACAGCACCUGGAAGAAAACAGCAGUGGAUGAGCACCUCUGUAAAUGCCACAACCAGAUCACAUGACUGUGCAGUGGAGAGUCAUUUUAAGGAUAUAUUUGACCCUCCUGCUCAUAGUAAGGAUGCAAUAUCUUCAAAAAUAGUAACUGGAAGUGGAGACAGUGUUCUCCAGCAUCAAAACAUUGACAUCAGAAUUCCUCUUAACUCCAUGCAUUCUACUAUCAGUCAUGAGGAUGAAUGUGAAGAGUGUGAAUCAACUGAAACUUCUUCCACAAGUGAAGACAAUGAGGACGAUAGCUUCUCUGAGGAAGAAAGUGACAGCGUGUCGGAAAAAGAAAAAGAGGCGUUACCUAAAAGACCAACAGCCGCACCUGCAUCAAAAGGCAUGAAAUUGAGGCUUUCCACCAAACGAAUGGAGAGCCCCGAGAAGGAAGAGAUCAUAUUGAAGAUGAAAGAUGCCAUCAGUGAAAAGAUCAAAUUUGUCCCUGCGAAAGCUGAGAAGAGAGAAUGGUCAGAAGAUGAAAAUGGCAGAGCAACCCAGGGGCAGCGGCCUAGUACAGCCACUAGAAGCCGGAAGACCAAAGCUAAACAGAGACGGUCUAGAUCUGCAGAGUCCCUUCGAAGUCAUGCCGAAGAGGACCCGACCCUUCUAGAGCUUCAAAGGACUCAAAAGGACCUUGAUAAAAAGUUGGAAAUGUUUCACACGCAUAAUGAAAAUAAAGAAGCAAAACAUAAAUUGACAUCCACAAACAGAAAAGAACAACCCAAACUGCAAGAUCACGAGCAUGUUACUCAUAGAUCUGCCACCAAUAAACUCAAGGCGUCUCUUGCUAAAAAUUUCAGCAUAUUACCUAAUCAGGAUAAAGUCCCUUUGCUUAGGCAGGAUCAAAAUGCUAUCAGAGAGAAGCCUGAUGGAAAGAAAUCUAAAAAGCUUGCCAUAACAACCAUGUUCUCACCGGAACAAAUAUCCAGCAUAGACAAUGUACCUCCUGGGACACAGCAAGUGAACAGUGUUGUUUGCACUCCACCUCGUAAAUCUGUUAAAAAGCUCAUUGAAACCUUCAGCCCUGGUGAAGGCCUUAUGAAACCCAUAAGUAGGAGAACUUUGGGACCAAUAAAAUGUAUCCAAAAGUUUGGACUUCCAAGCAUUACUCCCAACCUUCCACUCCCAAGAGGGCUUCUCCCUUUAAAUCAGAAACACAGAAUUUCACCAAUGGGAGAUGUAAAUGGUCCAAUGAAUCCAGUCCAGUGUGCUUUUGGUCCUGUGGCUGAACCUGUACUUCCAAGUGAGAAUGACACAAAUCAAGAAAUUGAUGAAGAUUACAUAGAAAAGCUUCCACCACCUCCUCCUGAGAUGUUAGUGGGCCUCUCAUCUGACUCAACUGAAUCUGCCGAAGGCACAAGGACAGAAAACAGCUAUUCGGAAAUUGCCAACAAGCCUACCAAGAUGACUGAGCAUUGCGCCACUAAGAAAUUUUCUCAAGUUUCUCAGCGAAUAAAAACUUCACUGUUCUCCCUUGACUUGCUACCGAGUAAGAACCGCAACAGUCCCAACUUCAUUGGCAACAAAACAUCAAAAAGCACGGUGGACUCCACACCAAGGAGAUGUUCCUUGGAGUUGAAUUCUACCGAUCUGUCUGAGACUUCAUUCGCAUCCCAUGGGGACUACGAAAUGAAAGAGGCUGCAGCUUUGUACAGGCAAAACCAUAAAAUUAUACCUCUUCAAAAUCCCAAAGAAAUUCCGGAGCAGAACGAAAGUGACACAGCAAACAAAGAAUGCAAAGCUCCGCUAGCUUUGGCUCAAAGGCAAAGCUCAGCUGACUCAGUUGGGAAAAGUGAGAAAACAACAGGUUUUGUCAGGCGAGUUUCCCUAGCAAGGACCUCUUCUUCUUCACCGCCUAGUGAGAAGAGGCUCCCAAGCCCACCAAUACGUCAUAGACACAUCCGUCAAGCUUUCUCUCCAGUGGUUCAGAGGCAGCCUAGUCCUCCAGCAAGCCCCAAGGCAACAAGCCCUCCAACACAACGGAAAAUGCCUUCACCACCAUCCCAACAAAAACUAGCUAGCCCUCCAAUGGGACGCAAACAACUCAGCCCGCCAACCCACCGCAAAGUGUUGAGUCCACCAUCCCACCGUAGAGAGCCAAGCCCUCCUCCUUUCUCAACUACCCCUUCCCCACCAAUUUCUCCGUCCCGGUUGCAUAAAGGAUUACAAAACAACUUGGACUCAGGGAAUGAGCAGCAACCUCCCUCCCCCAAGAUUGUCAGCAAUGCCCACUCAAUAUUUUGCCCAGCCAUUUCUUCAUUGUUUGAAGCCAAGCCACCGUUGCUGCCUAGCAGCUCCACCACAGAUGCCAUCCUCAGGGGCCAUCCCGAAAUAUCUGCACAGAGGAAUAACACAGAGCCCAAGCAAUAUGGAGAGCAACAGAAAAAGAUGGUCUUCAAUGUUGCCAAUCCCCAGUCUUUCGUAAGGAGAAGCUUCUCUGACCGUAGGCCGGGGUGCCCGUUUCCAUUGCCAUUGUUUACCUCAGCUGCUAGCGAACCUGUGCUUAGCCAAACAAGCAUGGAAGAGAAGCCUAAGAAAGAUGGGGACCCUUGGAAUAGCACAUGUUCCUCUGAAGUCAAGGGAACAGGCAAGUCUUCUUCUCAUCUUGAUCUCUACAUUGUGGGCCAAGGACUCCAGAAGGACUAGAUGGAGAGAGUAACUUUGGGAGCUGGAACGACUGAGGACCCAAGGACGGAGAAUCUUUGCACGA